ACAAAUCGUCGAUCCCCAAAAGACUGAUUUUUUUGUUUUGUUUUUUCCUGCGCGAUCCGAACACCGAAGCGCAGACUGAACCGGUUAGGUUUUCCACAGAGGGACGCGGUGAUUUGCAGCUGGUAACAAUAAUGAUCCACAGGGUUUUAUUUCGUGCUCAGUCACUUGAUUUUUUGUCCAAGUCUACAAAACCUCUGCAGACAUCAUGGAUGCGUCAUAUUGAGUUUCCCCUGCAGAAUCGUGCCAUCCAUGUGGACACGCCGCCCAUCGUCCCAAGUCUCACCACUAGCUAUGCCCACGGCACGUCCUCCGACUCUCUGCUCCACUAUACAAUCUCAGAGGCCCUUCAAAAAACUGUGGAUCGCAUACCAGACAGAGAGGCUAUGGUCUUUCUGCACAACGACAUCCGCAAGACCUUUGCACAGUUUCAACACGAUGUGGACAAGGCUGCAGCCGGACUGCUUGCUCUGGGACUGAAUAGAGGAGACAGGCUUGGCAUUUGGGGGCCAAACACAUACGAAUGGAUCCUAAUGCAGUUUGCCACAGCUAAAGCUGGCAUCAUAUUGGUUGCGGUGAACCCGGCAUAUCAGGCGCAUGAGGUGGAGUUCGUGUUGCGGCAGGUUGGGUGUAAGGCCAUCGUGUGCCCAGUGCAGUUCAAGACACAGAAGUACUGUGACAUGCUGAGACAGAUUUGUCCUGAGAUCGAAUCUUCCAGUCCAGGAGCUUUAAAGAGCGCAAAUCUUCCAAAUCUUCGAUCUGUGAUUGUUCAGGAUUCUCGACAACCAGGAAUGUUCCAUUUUGAGGAUGUGAUGCAAGCAGGCAGCAGCCAAUACCAGCAGCAGCUGCAGGAUCUGCAGAAAAAACUUUCCUUUGAUGACCCAAUAAACAUCUUGUUUACUUCGGGCACAACUGGAGCUCCAAAAGGUGCCACUUUGACUCACCACAACGUCAUCAACAAUGGCUACUUUAUCGGUAAACGACUGGGCUACACCUGGCAGCCCAAUCCUCGUGUCUGCCUGCCCGUGCCAAUGUACCACUGCUUUGGUUCUGUGGGCGGUGGAAUCUGUAUGGCUGUGCACGGCGUGUCCCUGGUUUUCCCAUCUCUUGGGUACAAUGCAGAGGCAAGCCUAGCAGCUAUUGAGAGUGAGAGGUGCACCUCAGUCUCUGGGACCCCAACUAUGUUGGUGACAUGGUUAACAUCCCAGAACUUACGAUAUGAUUUAUCAUCAUUACAGGCCGGUGUCAUGGCUGUCCCUUGUCCUACACAACUUGUGGAAGCAGAUCUAUUACACCAGGGCAUCAACGAAAUAACUAUUGGUUACGGCACCACAGAGAACAGCCCUAUGACUUUUUUGGGAUCCCCCACAGACAACAUGGAGAGAAAAUCUGAGACAGUUGGAUACAUAUUGAACCACACAGAGGCUAAAAUAGUGGAUACUUCAACUGGACAAAUCGUACCCCUGGGGACAACGGGAGAGCUUAUGAUCAGAGGUUACUGUGUGAUGUUGGAGUACUGGGGGGAAACUGCUAAAACAGUUGACUGCAUCAUGAAGGAUGGCUGGUACAAAACAGGGGACAUUGCCUCCAUGGAUGCAUAUGGCUACUGCCGCAUUGAGGGGAGGAUCAAAGACAUGAUCAUCAGAGGAGGAGAGAACAUUUACCCCGCUGAAAUUGAACAGUUCCUACACACACACCCAAAAAUCAAGGAGGCACAGGUGGUCAGCGUGGAUGAUGCUCGCAUGGGUGAAGAGAUUUGUGCAUGUAUCCAACUUGUACCUGGACAGGACUGCACUCAGAGAGAAAUCAAAGAUUACUGCAAAGGACAGCUCAGCCAUUUCAAGAUUCCUCGCUACGUGCUUUUCGUAAACAGCUUUCCAAUCACUGUUACAGGAAAGGUGCAGAAACACAAACUGGCUGAUGAAGCCAAGAAGCUUUUAGAACUGAAGAAAGAAAAAUAAGAGGCCAACUCAAGUGUGUUGCAUAAACAUAUAAAUGGAGAAUGGAAAUAGAGUGAUCAAAACAUGUUAAAACUUUUCAGGUGGUAACACCACAUGUGACCAUUCUCCAGACAUAAAUAGAGACUAGUCAUUAAGCCAUUUCCACCAUCCUUUGGCAGUUUGUUUUUGUAACAAGAACAUGCACUCAAAAGGCAGUGAUCAUUAAUUACAAAUGAACUGACUUAUGACACUGUGAGGCCACUAUUCCACUGAACUCUGCAGCUGUAAUGAUGUAAUUAAGACUAAAGAUGCAAAGCUGUAGUUUAAUACUGCAGAUAAUUUUAGCAGCAGGAGCAGUUUUCUAAAAUCAUGCAGAAAGUAAUAUGAAGGGGAUUAUUUUUUUUAAAAACAGCUCAGAAUAAAUUUUUGCACUUCUUCAUU